AUGGUUUGCACAAACUCUGUUUGUCAUUUCACGACCGCCAAACUUCACGCCGAUUUAACUCGUUUUUGGGAAAUGGAAGAACAUCCCUCUGCUUCCUCUUUGACUGAGGAUGAACUUCGCUGCGAGAAGCACUUCGUUGCUAAUCAUGUGCGAUUACCCUCCGGUCAAUACAUGAUAAGGUUACCCUUUCGAGAUGCUCGUUUAAAAACUAAACCAGCAAUUAAAUCAGAAUAUUUUGCAUUUUUGUCAGAAUAUAAAGAGUUAAAUCAUAUGGAAUUAGCUAACGAUUUCGAGGAGACGGAUUCUUCUCAAACUGUAUAUCUGCCUCAUCAUCCUAUUAUUCAAGAAAGCAGUUCUACUACAGAUCUACGAGUAGUCUUCAAUGCAUCAAGUCUCACUUCCAAUGGAUCCUCUCUUAACUCGCAUUUACAUAUAGGUCCAAAACUAUUAACUGAUUUAGUUUCAAUCAUUUUGCACUGGCGUAUGCCACAGUUUGUUUUUGUAGCCGACGUGGAAAAAAUGUUUCGGCAAAUUAAAGUUGAUCCACGCGAUUGUGAUUACCAGCGCAUAUUAUGGCAUUCAUCAGAAGAACAAUUGGCUAGGGAUGAAGGUUCUUAUUUUCCUAAAGCUCAAGCGAUCUUAGAAAAUAACUUAUAUGUGGAUGACGUUCUUUAUGGCGCAGACACAACCGAAGAAGCUAAUGAGUUGCGAGAACAGGUUGCAAACUUGAUGAGACGUGGAGGUUUUCAUUUAAGAAAAUAG